AUGGGUCUAAAAGUAAAACGAAUAUAUUUUAUUUUAAUAGUAAAUUGUUUAGUAAUUCAGGUAUCAAUACAGACACAGCCAGUAAAACGGUAUGUUGUAACAGGCGUGCCUCCCUCUUCGUCAGGGCUAACAAAAUCGCCUAUUAACUUAGGAAGUCAGAAUGCAAUAUCAACACCUAAUAUUGUAUCGCUAUCUGGCCUGGCCAAUCUUAUUGCUACAGCAUCAUCUUUAGAUCACGCAUCACCAAUAUUGGCAACAAAUCAAAAAGUAUCUCCAAUACCUAACAUGUCAUCACUGUCUGCUUUAGCGAAUCUACUUACUGCAGGCACGCAAACAUCCCAACAUGCUUCUCCAAUGUUUGCAACCAAUCAAAAUACAGUACCUGAAACAAAAGCAUCACUAAGUGUUGAUAUGGAAUUAUUAAACAAUAUGGCAAUUGCAUUACAAUUGAUGAUAUUAAACACGAUGUUAAACUCUUCACCGUCAGAAGCAGCAAGUCCUGAACCGGUAGUAGCACCUGUUAUUCCCGCGUAUGAAACAAAAGAACCAGUGACACCUGUAUCUGUCUCUUACGCACCUGUUACAAGUACAUAUAGCCAGCCUGCUCCAACUACAACUCCAGCUCCACCAGUCCAAACUCAACCUUACUACACUAAAAAUACGUAUGAAUCGCACCAACCAUAUUCCAUGCCAAAUUCUAAUUUCCUAGGUUCAUCAGGGUUUGCUGAUGUUAAUCCAAUAGUGAGUGCUAUUUCGCCUAAUACUGGGAUGAGUACUAUGAAUGGCAGAACAGGUUUAACCUUAAUGUCUCCAUAUGAAGCAUUAUCACCAAGUUCACCAUAUUCAGACCCAUUCUCAUCAUAUGGAUCACCGAAAAUGGACUUUCAAUCUCCAUAUAUGUCUAUACUACAAUCUGAUAACAAUAUGGAUCUAUUUUCUAUAUGA